ACGCACCGCAGAACGCGCGUUCCUUUGAAUGGAGCAUCGCAUCAAUUCAUUGCUACAAUCUCAACUUAAUUAUAUCAUAGCUUACCUAUCCAUACAGAAACAACAAAAGUCCUUUUUAUCAGCUUCUGUUUCCAACGCCUCACAACACAAACCCCCACCUUUGAACACCCGGCCUGAGCAGAUUUCAAACGUUUCACAUACGCAUACGCACACGCACAUUCAUCUAUAUCAUCUAUUCCGACAUCAUGGCCGCCAAUGUUCCCAGCAUCGUGUGGUCCGCUCUCAGAGCUCUUAGUCUCACUGACACCCCCAGGGAUGACUCGACCAGGCACCAUGCCGAGGGCAACAAGUCCUACCACCCCAGCAUUGUCGACAUUGCUGUUGUCAAGGCCAUGUUGUACCGCGCCAAGAAGCUGCCUCCGGACUUGAUUGAUGCCAUAUUGGAUAUGGCCGAGUACUGGAUUCACACGACCACGCAGCUAAACGAAAGAAUCAGCAUCCUAGGCGGCAACGAGGCUAGAGAAAACCGAUUUCUGCUUCGGUCAUAUCCUCUUGGACUGCUCAACUCUGGAGCUCGCCAGAAUGCAAAUGAUCAGCCUUACGCGACUACUCUUCCCACUCCUCGACCUCUGGGCGAGACUCUUGAUGCGAGCUUCUUUGCCAAGUCGGUCAAAUAUCCUCUCCCGCGUCUGGUUCACCCCGCACGAAAGAUCGUCUUCAAGUUCAGAAGCCAAGAUCAAGGAUACGUGAGCAGUCCGGAGGAGGGUGACAAUCCCUAUUCCGGAUCUUGGACGUGGUUUGACGUUGGGCUGGAGAGGUUUGAUGCCGGCUCUGCAGUCGAUGGAUCUGUGCCUUCAAUCAACUCACUUCGGCCAGUCCAGCCACCAAUCCAGCAGACAUCCUCCGACCCAGUCGGAUACAACUAUACUCACCAGCUACUACAUUCACCCGAGUGGGAGAUCCAGAGGAACCAGACAGCUCUCAGAAAGUGGCAAGACCAUGUCAUUACAUGGUCCUACCUGGACGACAUCGCACCUGAAUCCGAGCGUGGCAAAGCCCUCGAGGCACAAGGCAGGGGACGAGCCACAGGCGAUGGAAAGUUUGUAAGACAGCUGCGGGUGGGUGAUGUGAUUACGGUCUGGGGCAAGGCGAGAUUUCCCGGCUGGGCAAACCGCAUCGAGUCGGUCCAGAUUGACGUGUACUGGGCCGUGUGA